AAUGUUCUUAAACACACAGGGAGUACAUGGAAAUACGGAGACAGUGAUGGAAUUCACGGAAGUAAGUCCUUAUAUGUAUUCCUUUUCGCAAUUAACUAAAUUUGAUUAAACUAUCAGUUCAGCUGUUCUUAAAUGAUGGAAGGACUGAUUAUUAUUUUCAAAUUCGCAAAGAAUGGAGUGCUUGAAACAGUUACAUUACCCCAAGCUUCUUGGUUAUCACUUUACGUUCCAUUCUGGUGUUGAUUUCCUAGCCUGAGGUUCCUUUCAGAGCUUAAAAACGGUAUCCCCCAUUUUGUGAAAUUACGCCGUAGGAGUAUUUUGUCAUUUCUACUGUGAUUUGCACCUCUUUAAAGGGAACCUCCACUUCAACAAAAAGAUAACUUUAAAUCACAGGAAAUAACUGUUACAGUCAAGUCAAUCUAAAAUAUUUUUAAAGAAAGCGUUUGUAUCCGAAAGAAAUAACUUUUAGAUUCGCCUAUUUUUGUUUUCAAAUUUUGCGGGCGUCGCCAUCUUGAAUAAUUGUGACGUGUUACGGUUGCCCUAUUGUUAUUAAACUAAAGCUCUUUGCGUCAGAACAAUAGAGCCAGCGUAACACGUCACAAUUAUUCAAGAUGGCGGCGCCCGCGAAAUUUGAAAGUGAAAAUAAGCGAUUUUAAAAUUCACUUUUCCUGAUAUAAACACUUUUUUAAGGAAAAAUUUCGAACAAAUUUGUUUAUCAACAUAAUUUUAUUCGAUUUAAACUUAUUCUGUAGUAAGAGUGUAUUUGCUGAAAUUGCUACGAGCAUUUUUCUCUUGUACAGCACUUUAAUUUUGUCCUCCUACGGUAUAGAUAAUAUCAUUGCCACAAGACAUCAGGAUAGUAUACUAUUUACAACAGUCCCUCACCCCUCUCCCUUUAUAUAAGGAAUGAGAGGUCUGGCGGCCUCUCCGGAGGAAAGAUACAUAGUAACCCGGAGUAACAUAGAAUGGGCCGGUGAGGCGGGAAGAGAAAACAAACAUUAACUCUCUCCUCGAAGAGAAUAAACACAAUGCGGCCGCCAAGUAGAUCCUUUUGGCUUAUUUUAAAGUUCUCCUUUUAAUAUUAAAAACACGUUGAACUUAUAUUUCGGCAAAAACAGUUUAGUUGAAAAAAGGAUUCUAGAAAACUCUCAAAAGUAAGUCUCCUAAUUUAAGCUUGCAAAGUCGGUCAGUUUAAGCAACUUCUCAACUUCUGAAUCAGUUUUCGCUUGCUUCUGCUUUGAAAAUGGAGGAAUAACUACUCAGAGGCAAUACAGUGUGAAAAUUGCCAAUUUACGACAGAAAAUGUACUUUAAACACGGACUAAAAUAUUCAAAACGCUCUGGUCAUGUGACUGAUGACGUCAUGUCCCUCUUUUAAUCGUUAAAUAAUUAUCAGGUGAAACAUUACUUUCCUGGGCCCGAUUGUUUAAACGUUGGAUAGCGCUAUCCACCAGAUAAAUUACUAUCCAAAAGUUAAGUAUUAGGGAAACCAAGUGCGCUAUCCAGUGGAUAGAGAUUUAUCCGGUGGAUAACGUUAUCCACAUUUCGAACAACUGGGGCCUGCAAGUUUUCACUGCCGUGUGAUGAAAAGUCGACUCUCGGCCUAGUCCUCCGACUUUUUCGUUCAAUGCAUUGCCCCGUAAAUUUUAAAUGCGGGAAGUCAACUGGUUAUUUUCAAAUGCCCCACACAAUUAAAACCUCGAAUAUGCCAUUUGUUUUAAACUCGAUAGUGAAAUCUUGUCACAGCAACCAAAAAACCUAAUUCGACAAUAGUUAUGUGACUGAUGACGGCAUUACCCUAGAUGUGACAUGGGAAGAUAUUUUAUGGCAAAUGUUAUUUUGUUGUGGUCCGACAUUCUUCUAGGUAUAAAAUUCUCUAAGUUAAAAAGAUUUUUUUUUUUUUAAUUACGUCAAAAGAUUCUGGGAGAUUUUUUAUGAUAGUCAUAACUUACUUUCUUAGUUAUUAUUGUUUGUUUGCAUAAAUAAAGGUAUUUAGGUAUAAGAAUCUCAGUCAAACUUGGGUUUUAAAAGCAAUGAGGGAGAUAAAUACGGUAAUCCUCCAUAAAGAUCCUAACUAGUACCCUUAAAGUAACCAAUUCAAGUAAAUUAAAAUUUAACAUUUUCAUUGCAUUCAACCAAAAAAAAAAUUCACUCUUUGUUUCUAAAAUUUUAUGGCUUUUGCUUUUUCCCAUCUUCACUUUUUUGCGAAAAUUAGAUGAGUAAAUAGAUAAAAGAAACAAAAAUCAGUCAUUCCCAUUAAAAUGCACGGCUCAUAUAUAAUUGUUCCAAAUUUGAAUUCCACGCCUGCAAUGUUGGUGCUGAAAAUAUUUGCACAGGGAUUACAUAUGAGUGAAAAAAAAAAAGGCCGUUGACAUGGGGGAUUUGCUUGAAAUUACCGUUCAUCCUUUCUCGGUCAUAACUGUGUGCUAUUCUUUGGGCACACAGCUUACGGCCCUGAAGCAUGGGGAAAUGUUGCCAACGCGUGCCGACAAUCUAACCAAUCACCAAUCGAUAUUGUUACAAAGAACGUAGAAGCAGAUGCUUCUCUGGGAGAGCUAGAUAUCACGUGUGAUAACGACAAAGGCCUGUUUAAUGGAAUUCUGCUUAAUGACGGACACGAACCGGUCUUAACGGUCGACAAAACACGAGGCAUCUGUAAUUUGACUGCCAUCCCUUCACUGUACAACAAAGUUUUUCAACUUCAUGAUUUGAUCAUCCAUUUUGGAUGCGAAUCGGACAGAGGCUCAGAACAUACCGUAGACGGAAAAAAAUUUCCAGCUGAGGUAGGCCGCACUUUGGUAUUAGUUAUUAUCGAUUUGUCUGCACUAUCCAGCAGACUGGGAUUUUUCUUGCAGAGUGCUCUUUAGGUCAGUACUUAGCUUAAACUUUCUCAGCUAAAAUUUUAAUCAAACUAGUCAGGUUUAUGUUGUCGGUUUCACAGUACACUGUCCUCAAUAUCUUGAAAACGAGCACAAUUUUUUUUUUUGAGAAUACUGUUCUGUGAAAGUGGCAACAUAAACCUGAGUUAAGUUUGAUCGCAAUAUGCCAUUUGCAAGAUGGCGUCGUUUUACUACUACGACCACAAACCUUUUCGUUUUUUCUUUCAUAUUUAAAUUUGUAAUCCCGGCGAGGUUAAUAACAGAAGACCUAAUUUGCAUAAGAAAGAAAAACCAUGAAGAAUUCUGGUCGUAGUAGUAAAAUGACGUCAUCAUGCAAAUAAAAUGGGCUAAUGUAACUAUGCCAUGAACCUUGUUAAAUUGAGCCCUAAUAAAAUGAAUACUAUUUUAGAGCCUUUUCACUCACGUGGCUUGAAGCUAUGCAAAUUUAUUACAAAAAAAGCCAGAAAUUUUUGCUAAAGGUUGGUACACCAUGUGACUAGUUGCAGCAACAUGUCGCGACGACACGUCGUAGCGACAAAUCGCUUUGUGUGUACUGGAUAGUUUUUGUGAAAAUCUAUGUCUCUGCAACAGAAUUUUGUCCCAUCAACAUGUUGCAAAAAAUAAAAUCAGACAGAAUUUGUGCGACUUGUUGCGGCGACAAAAUUCUGUUGCAGAGACAAAGAUUUUCACAAAAUUUCUGCAGUUAACACACAAAGCGAUUUGUCGCUGCGAUGUGUCGCCGCAACAUGUUGCUGCAGCUAGUCGCCAGACCUGUACACACGGAGUGAUCUGUCGCCGCAACUUAUCGCCUAGUGUGUAGCGACCUUAAGUAAAAGGUUCAACCUACACGAAAAAGGCGAAUCCUUACGUUUACGUUUUUUGUCUCAUUAGCAUAAGCUUAUCAUUAUCUGAUGAAGCUAAUAAAAUAGAAUCUCUUAACUAAUUGAAUUCCUCUCUAAACUUUGAAAUUCUCUUUGACGUUAAGCGGGGGGAAAAGUGAAUUUAGAUGGAUCAAAGGUGAGGUCAGUGGUGUAUCAUGAGUAGCAGGAAACAACAAUAUGGUUGAAAAUGAUACGUUUUCAGUCGAAACACUUUUAAAAAAAAUUUGACAACAGAAGGCCUAAACUAGAUCGGUGGCAGCUUGGGUAGUUUCCAAUAUCGUAUUAAUAAAUCAGUAAAAAAAAAAAAUUUCAUGUCUUCUGUAAUAAGAGAGUGAAAUCAUUGUCUCGCACGCUUCAACUGCACAUGUCGACUCAACUAUUCUUGCGAUGCUUAAGCCGUUGGCUAACGUGGCAAAAAGUAAACAACGACGUCACGAUGUAUCUGCCAAUAAGAUAUGAUGUUUCAGCUUUUAAGGUUUUGGAUUCCUGUUCAGUCUAUUUAGGGAUUUCCGCUUGAUGAUGAUUAUUAUUGAUGAUUAUUAUGAUUAUAAUUGAUGAUUAAGCUGUAUGCUACUUCGUAACCUCUCAAAACUAUACUAAGUUUUCAAACAAGAAGUGUAAACGGUUUUGUCUCUUUACAGUUGCAACUGAUGUUUUUCAACACAGAGUAUGGAAGUUACGAAAAUGCAGCCCCAUUGCAAGAUGGUCUAGCAGCGAUAUCAGUUCUCAUUAAGGUAGGUCGAACUUAUCCCAGUUCAAAAUAGUUCUAGUAGACCAGUGUUUCAGAGAGAUAAAACCCAACUCAGUACAGUACUCAAGAAUUAAUAUUCGAAAGUUUUGCCCUACCGUCAUUGGAAAAUACUAUUGGAACGAUCUCUCCCUUUGUAUUCGCAAUAAAUCAUCGAAAAUGCUGUUCAAAAAUGCACUUAAAAAAUAUUAUCUUGCUCAAUAUUGACUUGUGUGCGUGUGUGUGUGCGUGCGUGCGUGUCUGUGUUUUAAUGAAUAACAAAACUACAAAAGAAUAAAGUCAAUCUUGUUAAAGGGCCAUGAUUAGUUUUACUAUAAUGUGCCCUUCUCCAUUCUAAUUUUCUUCUUUUAUUAUUAUUAUUAUUAUUAAGUACACGUAGUUUAAGCAACUUUGCACCAAUUGAUAUUGUACAACUAAUGUAUUAUUAAUAUUGUAUUUUUGUACAACUAAUGUAUUAUAGGAUGGAGUAAAAAAUAAAAUAAAAUACAAAUACAACUCAGUAGUUAAUUACCACUACUAAUAAUUAAUUUUAGGUGGGGAAGUCCAAUAAUGAAGCUUUGGAUAGCAUUGUUGAUCAAAUGGACGAUGUUGCAGUAGAAGGUUUGUCACUGAUAUGAAGAAGUCUUUUACAUUUAUUAUGCAACAGGCCAAUUGCUUUGAUGCGCUAAAGGUUAGAGAGGAUAUGUUAAGCCAUGCAGUUUAGUGGAAUGUGAAUUUCGUUAUUACCGUUAUUAUCAGGCACAGAAAUCAUCGAAAAUCUUCCAGAAUUUCUUGAACGAUAUCUUAAACUACGAUCAUAUUCGAAAAAUGUUGUUAGGUAAAUUUUAGGAAAUGUCCCUUUCAAUGAUAUUGGCAAGCGAGGAUAAUAGUCCCAUUACUCUGUCUUGAUAUUGGUCAAAGCUUUUUUAUAGUUGUAAUAUGCUAUAUUUCCCGAAGGUGGAGCACUGUACCACUUCGCAUCCGUGUUGAUAAAUAGGUUAAUUGCGCAAUACUUUGCUAACUAAAGGUGUAUGGAAUUGCUUUACAUGACUUAACAGGAUCAAGCAUCCCCGUUUACACUCCAGCUGACAAUUUGACCUUGGCUGACCUUAUUCCUGACCUUGCGAAAGAGCAUGCGCCUUACUACACUUAUAGGGGCUCCUUAACUACCCCUCCCUGCUAUCAAUCCGUGCGAUGGAUUGUUAUGAAGAACCAGAUAAUGUUUACCAAAAAUCAGGUAUUUUUGUUUAGCUCCUUAGUACUCCUCUUUCUACAUAACAAAUUUUAAAAAUUUCUAACAUUUGCUGAUUUAGCUUGCAUUUAAUUUAAAUGAUCAUUUAGCUGUAAGAUCAACAGUGAUCUGGAUUAGCAAAUAUGUUUACAAAUUACAAUUUUUUUCAUAAAUCAUUGUUAAAGAUAAUAAUGCCAACUAUACAUUAACUCAACGAAAGACCACACGAAAAGAAAAACACUUGAAUGAUAUAGAAAGAGAAUAAAGAAAGUCAAGAUGGGAAUAAAUCCGGACCUGAGGAUAGUUGCAAAAACUCCUCCUUUUCUUUCUUUUCUUUUUUCACAGCUUUUGGGUUUCAAAAAACUGACUUCCGGGAAAGGCUCCGAGUGUGACAACUUUCGGCCAACCAAUCCACUGAAUGGUAGAAAAGUGGAAGCUAAUUUCUGAGAAAGUUAUUCUCUCAUACAGAUGCUGAGGCUUCUUUCUGCUCUGAUGAUCAUCUCUGGUUAUCACUCCUGAGUUUUGCCCUGGCCUUAGAGUAUUGUACCUAACUGAUAAGCUCUUAGUCUUCUCUUCUUUGCAGAAGGUCAGCCCACGUAAGGAAAUCCAAGGCAGUCUUGGAUUCCGGAUCCCAGGCUGUGGAUUGCGGGGUUGCAGAUUUCUUGUCAGUGGAACUUGGAUUCCGGAUUCCAAUCGUUAA